UGUAUUAUGGCCAGAAUCCCUCUGUCACGGCAAAAGAAAACUAAGGAUGCAGGUAGGAUUUCCAGAAGCAGUUCUUCAGAAUGAGUCCUCACCGUCAGCAAUUCUGCCUUGAAAUGGAGAGCUGGGGACCGAACCCAGGGCCUUGCGCUCGCUAGGCAAGGGCUCUACCGCUGAGCUAAAUCCCCAACCCAACUCAAAUGUUCUUAAAAUCGGGCCACAAGUUCCACCACACUAUUGGUGCAGCCUGGAGAAGGCGCGACACUCUUCAGCUCCACCGUUACCGUAAUCCACAUAAUAUUUGUAAAAUUCAUAUCCAAUAAACAACUUAGGACAGCCAAAAAAUAAAAAUCUUGGUCUAUUCCCCAGUCCUGGCCCAAAAUCAGAUUCCUGCCCUGAGCUGGCUUUUGUCUGGCCAAAUUCCCGCCAAGUGCCUAGAAGCAAGUGUCCCCAGAAGGCUCUCCACAUUCUUGGUUAAAAUUACCUGUGAUUAGAAACUUCAAAAACUUCAUGAUGUUCACUUGUGGAGGAAUGGAAUGAGAUUCACAUAUUUUAUCUUGCUCAAAAAUUAAUUUGAAAUGGAUCUAAGACCUUUUCAUUUAAACACAAAGUACUGAAACUGCUAGGGAUGUCACAGGAGAUCCUCAUCUACAGUUUUAGGGUGUAGACCAGACACAGCACCGACAACACAUGAAGGAGUCCUGUGGUGGCUAUUCCCGGCUGUCAGUAUCUGGAAUGGACCACAACCCAGAACUUAUAAGGAUCUUGUGGAAAGGAAAUAGAGGAAAACUUACAGGCCACAUGGUACAUGCCUUUAAUCCCACCACUCAGGAGACAGACAAGCAGAUCUCCGAGUUCAAGGUCAGUCUACAGAGCAAGUUCCAGGACAGCCAAGCGUAGGUGGUGAAGGAAGCCAUGGAAACCAGAAAGCUGAUGAAGAUGUAAUUGAACAAGGGGGUCAUGUGCCACUCCCAGCAAGCAGCAGAACGUGGCAGCUUUGACCACGUGGCUCUGGCUACAGAAUCAAGAAUGGAAUCUCCCUCGGAGACUAAGGAAAGUCACUGAGGCCCUAUGUGUGACAGGGCUGUCCUUGCAUGGAGACCCAGAAAGGACAUUGUGUGAGGUAUCCUAGGUUCUGCUUCACAGCCAGCCUUGGUGAUGAGUAAGAGUCACCCAGGGAGUGACCGGUUUUGAAGGCGUGAAGGGGACAUGGAGAGAAGGUGAGGCUUGGCACUGUGAGAAACCCAGAGAGGUUGGUGAGGGUGCAACCUCACUGUCAGUUGAAGGCCGAGGACUGAAAGAAUCAUGUAAAGAAGAUGAGGCCUGGCAUCAUAAAGAAGGCCUAUGAGAGAGAAACCAUGGCUAAAAGUGAAGCCCAGGAAACCUGCUAACAGAGAGUGGAAACAACUCAAGAGAAAGAAGUAUAUUGCAGUCAACAAAGCUGAAAGGAGUCAGAGAUCUGAAGAGCAUUUUGACAUCAAACACAGAGAUGCAGGAUUUGCAGUUUGCCCGGCUAGUUUCACAGGACCAAGGGCUUUUCUUCCUAUUGAUGCUAGACAGUGCUGUCCUCUGCUACAUAUGCGGCUGGAGCCAUGGGUACUAAUUGGUUGGUGGUUUAGUCCCUGGGAGCUCGGGGUUGGGGGUCUGGCUGGUUGAUAUUGUUGUUCUUCCUAUGGGGUUGCAAACCCCUUCAGUUCCUUCAGUCUUUUCUCUACCUCCUCCAUUGGUGUGUUUGUGCUGAGUCCAAUGGUUAGCUGCAGGCAUCCUCAUCUAUAUCAGUAAGGCUCUGGUAGAGACUCUCAGGAGACCUCCACAUUUGGUUCCUGUCAGCAUGCACUUCUUGGCAUCAGAAAUAGUAACUGGGUUUGGUGGCUGCAUAUGGGAUGGAUCCCCAGGUAGGGAAGUCUCUGGAUGACCUUUCCUUCAGUCCCUGAUCUACUCUUUGUCCCUGUAUUUCCUCCUGUGUGUAUUUUGUUCUCCCUUCUAAGAAGGGCUGAAGCAUCCACAUUUUGGUCUUCCUUCUUCUUGAGCUUCAUAUGAUCUGUGAAUUUGUUUCUUAGGCAUUACAAGCUUUUGGGCUAAUAUCCACUUAUCAGUAAGUGCAUACCAUGUGUGUUCUUCUGUGAUUAGGUUACCUCACUCAGGAUGAUAUUUUCCAGUUCCAACCAUUUGCCUAAGAAUUUCAUGUAGUCAUUUUUUUAGUAGCUGAGUAGCAUUCCAUUGUGUAGAUGUACCACAUUUUCUGUAUCCAUUUCUCUGUUGAAGGACAUCUGGGUUCUUUCCAGCUUCUGGCUAUUAUAAAUGAGGCUGCUGUGAACAUAGUGGAGCAUGUGUCUUUGUUAUAUGUUGGAGCAUCUUUUGGGUAUAUACUCAGGAGUGGUAUAACUAGGUCCUUAGGUAGUGCAAUGUCCAAUUUUCUGAAGAACCUCCAGACUGAUUUCCAGAGUGCUUGUAUCAGUCUGCAAUCCCACCAACAAUGGAGGAGUGUGCCUCUUUCUCCACAUCCUGCCAGCAUCUGUUGACAUCUGAGUUUUUUAUUUUAGUCAUUCUGACUCGUGUGAGGUGGGAUCUCAGGAUUAUUUUGAUUUUCAUUUCCCUGAUGACUAAGGAUGUUGAACAUUUCUUUAGGUGCUUCUCAGCCAUUCAGUAUUCCUCAGUUGAGAAUUCUUUGUUUAGCUCUGUACCCCAUUUUUAAAUAGGAUUAUUUGAUUCUCUGGAUGCUAACUUCUUGAGUUCUUUGUAUAUAUUAGAUAUCCCUCUAUCAGAUGUAGGAUUGGUAAAGAAAUUAUAACAGCAAGGAAAUGGAACCAACUUAGAUGUCUGUGAACAGAUGAAUGGAUAAUAAAGAUGCAGUGAUAUACAAAAUGGAAUAUUGUUGAGCUGUAAGGAAAAUGAAAUUAUAAGGUCUGUAAAAAAAAGUGUAUGAACAUACAUGUAUGUAACAAAAAUUGCUAAUAAAGGGGCCAUGAAUUUGAAAGAGAGCAAGUAAGCGUGUAUGGGAAGGUUGGAAGGAAGAGAUGCAAGGGAGAAAUGAUGUCAUUACAUAUAAUUUCAAAAGAGGUAACGUUUGAAAAUGCAUUUCCUUUCUCAUAUUCAGAUCAGCAUAUAAUGUGCACGCAUGCGCAAACACACAAAGACACACACACACACACACACACACACACACACACACACACACGGAGUUGUAAAUCUGGGAUUACCCUAACAUUUACAAAGCAGAUCAAGAAAGGGUAAUGGAUGAUGAGGAAGGACAGACAGACACUGGCCAUGAAAGAGACCAUAAAGCUGUUUUCCUAGCAUCAACUCUUCCAUAGCCUUUUCUUUUCUGUGGUAGAUAGAUGUAUAACAGUAUAACUGAAUGUGGAAAACACUAGCUGGAGCCCCACUGCUUGAGAAUGGCCAUUCCCACUGUAUAGCAGUCCAGGGAUAUGUGGAGUUUGAGACUGGCCAAGACUUUGAGUGGCUCCCUUAAACCAGCUGUGUAGUGGUUUUCCUUGUGGGUUCACUAAAAAUAAAGCAAUAUUUUUAAUAGUCAAAAAAGAGGAAAGAAUAUACAAUUCAAAAAACAGUUGAAGGAGAGAGGUUCAUCAGGAGGUUUCAGGGCAUGUGCGGUGGAGACAGAAAGGUUUUCCAUGACAGUUCUCAAAGGGUCUCCUAAGUAGACCAUCUAUGGCUCUUAGCUGCUCCCUGUGGUUUAGGACACACUCUCCAUUAGAUAGAACACACAGUUCAUUUAGCAGCCCAAGCACACUGAGCUCUUCUUAAAGGAGACACUCAUUAGGAUGUGUGGAUGGACAGAAUGGCAGAGAGAAUGACAGAGCAGCAAAUAAUUGUUCCAGUCUCAAACCUAAGCCUCUCUGUAGAUUUCAGUGUUCCUUUUCCCUUAAAUGCAAAUCCAGCUGCACAUCUAUUCGCACCCACCCACAGACAUCCUCAUCCUAUGCUCUGUUAGUUGUUUUUUUUCUUCCAAAUAUCACUGUCCCCACUGUGUGCUUUGUGAAUCUGUUUGUGCCCAAAACACUCUGAGCAAGAUGAUGAACACCAAAUCUGCUGACCCAGAGACUUUCAGAACUCAGACCGUUGCCAGAUUUAUGUAACCACAUGAUACACACUUUUUCUCUUUCCCUGACAGUUACUAAGUAGCAAUUUGUUGCACAAAAGGUUUACAGGAGCAACUUUCCUGGUUUUCUUUUUAGCAUUUGCUUGUGUUUUUAUUCUAGUACUACCGUGAAGAAGAUAUUUGCAUCACAAACUUGAUUUUCGCUUAUUAGGCAGAUGCUUAUAAACAUAGAACUGGAAGAAGAUAUCUGGGAGAGAGAAGCCCUCCUUUCUAAGGUCUCCUCUCAUCCCACUCUGCAUGUAUAGUACUGGGGACCAGCACUAAAGAGGAAUUCUAGACACCAUGCUUGGCUCAGUCAAUGGCUUUUAACUUGAGCCGAAAAUGGAAAUAUCUUCAUUGCCUUGGAUUGAAGCUCAGAACAGAACAUUAGAAUCUGUACAGGGAUACUACCCGAGGUACGUCUCUCAAUGUCUGCUGGAGGGAAAUUACAGUGAGGUAGUUUUCUAUCUGAUGCUUAGCUCAGGCUGGACUGAUGGAGAAACUUGUCCUACUGUGAAAACAGUGCUCACAGUUACUGAAUGUUCUUGAUCAACUGUCAUAAUUUUCCUUUUGAUCUCAUCACAACGCCAUAAGGAAAGUCCUAUUACUAUCCUGGUUAAUAUGUAAGUAAAUCUGGCUUAGAAAUAUCAACCAAAGAAGCCAAGAUCUCAUAUCAUAUUCGCAGCAAAUUUCAGUAAAGACCCUGGCUAACAGUGUCUCCAGGUGGCACUUUGGCUCUGCUCAGUGCAAUCAGGGGUGUAUAAAAAAAAAUGAGACCAGAACACAUCAAUAUCCCUCAUUACGUGUGAGCUGGGGAGAAGAGAGAAAGUCCUCAGGAGAAGAUGUCUUCAGUUGACCCAAACUCAGAUACACAACCAAGUCUUACCUGUGGGAAGCACAGUGUAGUUAAAAGCCCCUGUCAGAGAUACCUCUGAGUUCAGGGCAUGGUUUUAUCACAGAUUGGAGGGAAGUCAAUAACCUUAUGUUGAAAUGCACAGCUGGAAACUGCUCUCAGUUCUUGCCCCUUUGCUUAUCUGACUACACUGCUGCCUACUAAAGAAAGAUACAGAACUAUGGACAUGACUCAGGAAUACCUUACAAGGAAGUUCAGAACCACACCUUUUCAAAGUUUCUGCUCCCUCUACUAGUCUGAUGGAGAAUUACACUAACCUUGGUCUCAGAAAAUUUUGAUUAAACAAUGAAUUUGGGUUGAUGGACAGUCUGUGGGAUUGUUGAGACUUUGUUGAAGGGAAUCCACGGAAACAGUCUUAAAAGGAUGAGGACAAGUCAAAAGAGCUAUAUAGAUACAGAAUUCGAUGUUAGCACCCAACUUCCCUGGGUGCUCUAGACUCCAUUCGCCCAUCACUGUCUGAAUACUGCAUACCCUACUACUUGUUAAACACAUGUUCUACUGGCCAAUUCAAAUAAGGUUGUUUGGACUACUGAUAAGGUCAUGGUUGUAGUCUUAGUGGACAAAGGUAGGAAAUUCACAGGAGGAUAUAAAUGAUGUGGACUUUAUUGUUUUCAGACCAACAUCUCAAAUCCAAAACCAAACAACAACAACAAAACAUGGAAAAACCAAGCACCUGCAGUCUCAUUCUAUCACAAAUGCUCUCUCCAGUGUCCUGUUGUAAGCAAUGGAUCCUGCAAAGCCUUUUUGGUAUAUGUGAUCAUAGCAAAAUAUUCUCAUAUGUUGAUGAAAAUAUACCUCCAUGUCUCUACUCUUUAUGUUCCAACACUAGAUGUAAAGCCCUAGUUAUAUACUCACACAAAGGCUGCAUGGAGCCCAGCAUGAACAUGGCUUCUCACAAAAAUCUCAUCAGAUUCCUAAAUCAAGCAUAUCAUUGUUGCUGGAAUUUCCAACCCUAGUAAGCCAUAUAAAGAACACACAAUCCAGUUAUUAUAAACUAACCCCUAUAUUCGAAAGUGAUUGUAGGUUGCCAGUGCCCUGGUCAUUGGUACUGAAGGGAGAGGAUGCAGAAAGUCUUUCCCCAUGUUUGGAGGACCCAACCUUAUCCUUGCCAAACCUUGGUGCUUUCCCACAUUGCCCACUGCCUGUCCUUCUAAAAAAAUAAUAAUUAAAGCUAUAUGCCUAGAUUGGGCAGAUCUAGCACUCUACUAACUUGUUCCACAGCUAUGAGACUCCUUGUUAUUUGUGGUUUCUCUUGGCCAGGUUGUUCUGGUCCAGUGUGGCUUCCCCUUUUUCACUGUCCUCUCUUCCCCUCCUGUUCUCCCUCCCCUCUCCCACCUAUCCCCUACUCUUAAACCUCCAGUCCUUUCUUUUUCCUCUUAUGUCUAAUCACCAGCUCUAGCCAUUAUGGGCCACUUAAAAUUCAAUGUUCCAAGGGGAAGCUUACUGACUGCCCAUGGGAGGACAGAAGUCUGAUCCAGAGCAGAGACUGGCAAGUAGACAGAAAACAAUAAUGAUUUCAGAGCAGUGGGAAAAGGAGAGGAGCCAGGUUUUGAUUUGAUAAGUUAAUAGAAACUUGUUGGGUAGAAAGAAGAAACUAAUAUUAAAGGUGAUGUUUUUGUUGUUUUCAUUGAUAAGUCAGAAGUUUCUUUAAAAUACAUAUGACAUCACCUGAACUGUGGGGCAACCCUUCUUGAAGAAGCAGAAUUAACACCAGAAUACUAACAGUACCAGGCCAACCCACCACUCUUCUUUACUAUCAAAGCAGAAACAGCCCUCUCUAGGUUUCGUUUUCUCUAAGCUGGAAGCUUGCCAGUUUCACUCAGGAAUUGAGGGCGUGGCAAACUGAUAAUCCUUCCAUAUAUAAAUGCCUUGCUCAUCCUAGAACCCCUAGAAUGCCUUUGAGUUUGGAAGAGUCUCUUGGCCUGAAUUAAAGUGCUAUGGAACAAGUUCUUUCUCCCAGCACCAUGAGUGAAGAAUCUCGUAGAAAUCUCAUACAUGACAGCCUGGUUGAGCUGAGAUGCCACUUUACUUGGGAGUUGGUUAUAAAAGAUAACUACAUGCCUGAUUUGGAAGCAAAAAUCUUGGAGACUGAGUUCCUUGAUACCAACUACAACAUGGGAAUGCACAACCUCAUGGCCUACGUGAGACACCUGAAAGGUGAGCAGGAGGAAGCCCUGCAGAGCUUGAAAGAGGCUGAAGCCUUGAUCGAGGGAGAGCAGUUGGGCAAGAGAAGCCUGGUGACCUGGGGCAACUGUGCCUGGGUGCAUUACCACAGGGGCAGCUUGGCAGAAGCCCAGAUCUACCUGGACAAGGUGGAGAAUGUUUGCAGGGAGUUCGCAAGUCCCUUCCGCUACAGGAUGGAGUGUGCUGAGAUAGACUGUGAGGAAGGCUGGGCCUUGCUGAAGUGUGGAGGAAGUAAUUGUACACGAGCCAUGGCCUGCUUUGCAAAGGCUCUGCAGGAGGAGCCAGAAAACCCUGAGUACAACGCUGGCUAUGCAAUCACAGCCUUUCGCAUGGAUUUCUCUAAUGAGAUUUCUCUAGAACCUCUAAGGAAGGCUGUCAGAUUAAAUCCAGAAGAUCCACACCUUAAAGUUCUCCUUGCUCUAAAGCUUCAGGAUUUAGGAAAACAAGAUGAAGCAGAAAAACACAUUGAAGAAGCUCUGCCCAAAAUACCCUCCCGAAACAAUAUCUUUGGAUAUGUAGCCAAAUUUUACCGAAGAAAAGGUUGUGUGGAAGAAGCUCUCGAGUUCCUCGAAAGAGCCUUGAAGACAAAACCUUCCUCCGUCUACUUGCAUUUCCAGAUUGGCCUUUGCCAUAAGAGCCGAGUGUUUCAAAUAAAGGAAGCUACAAACAUGCACCCUAAGGGGAAGGAUAGAGAAAGAGCAGACCAAUCCAUUCGUUCUGCUAUAUAUUAUUUUGAAAAGACUUUAGAUCUGAAACCCACAUAUGAGAGAGCUUAUAUUGAUCUGGCUGAAAUGUAUGCAGAAUCUAAACAAUUUGAAGAGGCAGAGGAAGCUUUUCAGAAAGUGUUGAGCAUGUUGAGUAACUUGGAAGUUCAUAUGCAGCAAGAGAUUCAUUUCCGCUACGGCAAGUUCCAACAAUUCCAUAUGAAGUCAGAAAAUAUAGCCAUCACCCAUUACUUAAAAGGCCUGAAAAUAGAGGUGACUUCUAUAUUCAGGGAUAAACUUCUCAAGGCUUUGCAGAAGCUGGCUGAAAGACGCAUGCAGCAGAAUGUUCAUGUCCUGGAAAGUUUGAGCCUCCUUGGGUUUGUCUACAGACUGAAAGGGGACACACGUAAAGCCAUGUCAUGCUAUGAGAAGGCCCUGAGGCUCACAGAAGAAUUGAACCCCGAGUUUUGAGGUACAGGUCAUGAAGUGGAGUACAACUGUGGGCAUGACUCCCUAUUCUACUAUUCUGUUGUAGCUCUUGCCUUAAAUAUAAAGAGUCGAAUGAAGCAAGAUGCAGAUGAUGCCGUUUUUGUAUCUUGCCUUUCUAUAGCACUGAUUUUUUUCUUUCUUUUUCUUUUUGUCUUUUUUUUUUUUUUUGGUCACCAACCUGCGGGUGUGUCACAGAAGUGUCCAUUCUUCUACCACACAUAGCUGCACAUUUUCCUUAUGAGUGUGCCUUUGGAGUGCAUGACCUAUACCAUCAGUCUUCCAGUAGCCUGAUCAAAGGGCACUUGGCCCGGGAAGGAUAAUUUUUAAUGAGAUGUCCCAACCUUCAGCAACAUCUGAGAGCAAAAUAAAAAGCAAUGGUGAGCAUGAAAAGGGAGAGAAGUUCAAGAUUUCCUUACCAUGUUUCAGUCCGUAGUUUUAUUUUCAUAGGCUUUUCUGUAGAUCAAUGACUCCCAACCAUAUAAUCAAUGCACCUUCUUGUAUACAAGUGUCUGAUUUUAGACAAUUGUGGAUUUCUCUGGUCCAAAUACAUUGGUACUUAUUUAUCACUAAGAAUGCUUUAAUGCCUUCAGGAAGGUAGGCUAAAGGAGCCACCUCUUUGGAAUGUGCCAACAAAAAAAAUGACAUAAUAGCUGUCUAACACUGUUCAGUCUAUUGAGAAUUAUGUGAAAGUGCCUUGUUAUUUUUCUAACCCUAUCGUAUUCAGUAAAAUCUGCUAAUAUCACAGAA